GGAGAAAAGUUAGCAGAUCUCCCACAAAUCACUUUGUCACCAGCAAGCUCUGACAAGCAGCAGAAAAGAGGGAGAGCUCAGGGAGAGAGACGAGAGACGGCGAGUUAAAUCGAGGUGUGAAGAGGGAGUCGUGUCAGAAGACUUCAAGAAGGAGGUGGGAAGGGGCUUGUGAGGGCAUAAAGGAGGUGAAACCGAUGGAUGGACAGACACAGAGAGACCGCUUCAAUCUGAAUCCCUGAGAAAGACCGCCACUCCUGCUGCUGCUGCUGUUUGUGGAUGUUACGCUCUUUGAGGAGAAGGUGUGCAGCGCUUUAGUCACAGGAGGACACGGUUUGUUUGACUGACUGACAGAAGGAGAGUUUAGUUUUGGUUUGAUCUCCUGACAACAUCCCUGCUUUGGCUGUCGUCCUCUCAGAGGGUAAGGUUGUCAUGUUGUCGUGUCUGAGGAUGAAGCCGUGAAGUUUGUGAAGAAGUGUUAAACUGUGUUUUUGUCAGCUGCAGCCUCACACAGAUCACAUGCUGUUGUUUCAAAAAGAGGUAGUGGAGAGCGUGGAGAGUCUUAAUCUGAUCAGAUGUUUUCCUCUGGGCUCAUUUCUGAAUGACUUACCGCACAGAACUGUGACUACUGUAGUUUAUAGACUCCAUCAGACUCUCAGUCCAAGCUCAGAGGACUUUUGAUCAACACUGGGACCCUUGAGAGUUUUUAUCUGGACUGUAAAGGAAGCUGAAGGUCAUCUGAUCAAACUUCAAAAACAGAGAAAUAGGAAGGCCAUUUUCUUCCACUUAGCACUCAGGACUUAUCGUUGCAAUUUCCUCGUCCUCAGAGACUUGAACAGAGAGCUGAUUUGACAUCUCUGUCCUGAACAGUCUUUCAUGAUUAGACCUUGUAGAUCAGACAGACAGAGAGCUAGAUCAGCUGAAAAUCCGGAGACUCAGAUCUUAGUUCAGUGAAGCUCUGCCAGCACUGCUCCUGGUUUUGCUGAGUGUUACAGAGCUCCCUCCACACUCGCUCUUCUCUGGGGGCAUGAAAAAAAGAGAGCCUGCCUGGUGAGCAAUACGGCCGACACGUGGAGGCAAAUAUAAACCUGCGUCAAUUACAGUAAAUAAUGAUUUAAUAACGCAGGUGGAGGCUUGAAAUCCUGUCGGGUCCAGAAGCCGUUCUGCUGAGGUCCCCUGAGGGCGCUGUUUCUGUGCAGGUCUCUGUUGACUUUUGACAGCUCCACUUUGGACUCACUUUAGCAUCUGAGACGUCAUUGUGUUACCUGUGAGGCUGAGUCAGAGGCUGGCUCAUCUUUCCCCCGUCUGUCUCUCCACCUGCUUCUCUGCAAAGGGGACACACGUGUUGUUAGGUGGUUUUCGCAGCACCAGCACCAGCAGCAGCAGCCCUGAACUCCCAGGACUCUCCACACUGCUUUAAUUGUUCUGCCGUGUGUAAACACCUCGCGUCACCAACACCUCUCCAUUGAGUGAUUCACCGCUCACUAAGCGUCCCCUGUCCGCCGAGGCUGGCAGUGAAGGAAAGGUGAGGGAGGAUUUGCUCAGAACCAGAGAGGACAAGUGUGUGCAAACAGACAGGUCGGCACCAUGAAGCUGGUGUUGCUGCUCCUCGUGGUGGUCUACACACUGGGCCAUGUAAGUAGUAUGUCAACAUGUAAGACACUGGACCUGGAGAUGGUGAAGAAGAAGCGCAUCGAAGCCAUCAGGAGCCAGAUUCUCAGUAAACUGCGUUUGCCCAAAGAGCCGGCGCAGGACCAGGACCCAGACGAGGAGGACAUCCCCAGCACCCUGCUGUCGCUCUACAACAGCACCAAGGAGAUGCUGAAGGAACAGCAGGCCGAGGUCCAGACUAACAUCUCCACCGAGCAGGAGGAGGAGGAGUACUUCGCCAAGGUGCUGCACAAGUUCAACAUGACCGGUAAGUACCAGAAAACCCAACAGAACUUCAGCUUCUGCUCAGAGACACCCACUGUUCAAAGAUCUACAGCGCUGUAAAUGUCCUGUAAUAAAAGGACUGUCAUUGAUACUUCUACACUUACUGACAUUUAAACACACAGAGCAGCACAGACCCUGGAGAAGCGGAGGUUUCCUUUUUCACUCUUAUAUAAAGACAUGAUGUCCUUUACUGUUGAAGCAGGUAUCCGUACCUGUGCCAAACUUCAACUCUAAAAACUUUCAAAGAUGGGCCGAGACUCUGGCUAAGACCCAGAUGAAGCAUGUGCCUGAUGGCUGGUGUCGAUUCCAGUCUCGUCCAUAAAUUCCCCGAACAUGUGCACCUCUUCUGAUCUCCUCCCAACAUCUUCCGGCAAGUGGAGGAGUUCAGAGAUCACAGGCGUUCCUUGUUAGCAGAACGGUUCUUUGCAUCUGGCCUGAUGCUCAGUGUUGCCUUCCUGGUAUCCAUGGCAUUUUUACGGCCUUAUUAGCACUGUUUGUUUGGCCAGCAUGCAUAUGCUGUUUGUACAGCCAAAUGGGUUUUGGCUGUAAUUGUGCAACGACUCCCAAACUGUUAUGAUAAACAGAUUUUUGUAGUUUGGUUUUCUUUGCUCCAUUGUUCUCUACAAGUCUAUACUCAUCACCCCAUCAGGCAGGCAUCCACACUAUACCUCUUUUCAUCCACCACUUCAAAAGACAAGCAUGAGUGAACGGACCAGGCUCAGGAGUGUGCAGACCAAAACCAGAACAAAAGGAGCGGGCAGGUUUUUGUGGUGCUUACAUGAAAACCAAAGAACAGGAGGAAAAGUGAGAUGAGAGAGGACAUGACAUGCACUCUUUCACCCUGACUCUGUCUCCUUCUCUCUUUCAUUUUCUCUCUCUCUGGCCCUCAGGGAUUGGGGGUUUCCUGUAACUCGAGUACCGGGUUCUCCCUCGUUUAUCCUGUCACUCGUUCGUCGCCAUGGUGUCUCUUUCUUCCUGUCACAGGAGUUUGAAUCUUAAUUUCAUCUCAGACCUCCUUCAGCCUCUGUCUCCUUUCCUCUCGCUCCUCUUCCUGAGCUGAUUAUCAGCGUGCCUGCAGCAUGUUUGUGACGGGGCAGCUUGGCAGGAAGGAAAGCAGGCUGAUAGCCACUGAGAUCUUGAGUGACUCAGGUCCGGUGCAAGCUGUGCCCAUGGGGAGCAUGUGUUUCCUACGUCUGUGGUAUGCGAGCAAAGAGAACCAUCCCGUCUCAGCACUCAUGCUGUUAUGCUUCUCGUGUUUUAAACAAAGUAUGAAGUUAAUUAUUGGAUGUCAACAUUAAACACAAGCAACAUGUUCACAUUGUGAGAUAUGUGUGUGUGUGUUAGAGAAGUCUGGGGAUGGAAAUAAAAGUGUCUCCAACAAGUUUGUACAAAAAAUAGCCACCUGAGAUCUGCGAGAUACUUCAUUCUUCAUAAUGUGGUCGUAUGGCAACAGGAGGGUGACCAUACGACCUCUUUCACCUGGACAUGUCCUGUUUUUUAGGGGCUGUCCAGCCUGUCCAGGGGGCGUUGUAAAAUCCUUCAAAUGUCCAGGGUUCUGUAUGGAAGUUUUGAGUUUGUGUCGUGUGGACUAACCGAGUUAGAAGUUUGUAAAAAAUACUCGACCCGAUGUGAAAAACCCUCAAAAUGUUGUGUAUGACUCCGACCCGCAUAGUAGCGUCCUCUUUUUGGGGAUUCAGACUAUAGUCGCCUUAGGCAACAGUGGGGGAGGCUUCCAGAGAGCUCUGAGACUGAGGCUCAGACGAAGGUCAGCAGCCAAGGAUGAGGAACGAAGUUGAGCUUUAAAUUAUAUAAAGUAGAGCUGGAGGAUAAACCGAAAAUUUACGGCAAUAACUGACAUCAUUCUGCCCAUGUCGAUAUAUUUGGUGUCAAAAAAAUAAAUCAAUCAAAGUUGUUUUUGGAUGUGUGUAGGUAGGCUAUGGUCUCAUGUCCCUUUAAGACGCUGUCCUACAUCAGAGACGUGACUCCAGUCCAUAACAAAGAGGUAAAGACAGGUGAGGAGAUGGAGGACGGUUCAAAAGUUGGAGCGGCUGAAGUAGACGAAGUUAAUGUGGGAGUGGGUGAGCAGUUUGUGGAGUAGUUUUCGUCCAUUUAUUGUUAUCGAGGUGAACUGAUCAAUAUAUCCUGAUAAUGAUUUGAGGACAUAUCGCCCAGCCCUACCACAAAGCAUUCAAGAAGACAUUAUAAAGCUUUCUAAAGAGAUAAUAUCCACUCUUUACACAGAGCCACCAUCAACACACUUAAAAACGUGGACUGAAAAGUUUAAACGCAGGCUGAGCAGGAACUUUUGGCAACUACCAGCAGGAGACACUUCAUUUGUGUUUUCCUCUGACUGUAAACCACACAAGUCCAUGUUUAAAUAAUGUAAUUAUAACAGAGUCCAAGAAGAGAACGAGUCUAAUUCUCGUAUUCAUGACCAACCCUCCUCGUAACGCCAGUUUGCGGUUCUUUCAUUGUUUGAAUCACACUUUCCUCGUACCUGGCAGUCGCCUACAGGGAUGCAUACUUGUGUGCCGAGCAUUUUAAGAAGCCUUAAUAGUUUUCGUCUCCAUCGUGAUAAUUGUGUGCUGAAUUAGACUAAAUUCCUUCAGUUAGCUGCUUUAUCCCUUCCUUUAAACCCACAUAAAUCCACCUCUCCAAUUUAACCUGGUCCAGCUCCAACUGUAAUUCAGCCUGUUUACAGAGGAAAUACUUUCCUCCACCAGAAACUCGCCUCUCUACUGCGCUCCAUUCAGAAUUAAUACACUGCUCGGGGAUAAUUAUUGUGUCCAGCAUGGAGCUGCCACUACCUCACAUACAGGAGUGUGGACGGUCUGUGUGGUGUGGGGAAAUGAGACAUGGACGAGUGGGCUGAGCUGAGCGUAUGAAGGAGGCAGGUAUUUAGCCUGUUGCAGGAAUCUGGUUCCUCCCACUGGUAAUUACAGAGCUGUCUCCCUACCUGUCACAACAGCUGGCCCGGGCUUACCUGAUUCAACACACAAAUCCCCCCCCACACCCAUGUGAGUACACAGACUGGGGUGCUAUCUUCCCUUUUCUGGACCGAGCAUCAGGAACAGAAGUUACAGUUACAGCAGUCCUGUGAAAAACCUCCGAAAACAGUCCAAGCUGUGUUCAUCUGAAAGGAGAAAUGAAGAAUCGGCUUCACUGUGAUUAUUGUGCUGCAGCCAAUACACUUCAUGGGGAACUGACAUGAUUUCCUGUUUCGUAAACACUUCUCUAACCCUUCACACAUUUAUCUUACAUGACUCUGGGAGGGAGGAUGACUUUCCGUGCUUGGCGUUGCCUGGUUCAUGCUUGGCAGUUCACCUCUCCUCCUUCGUACUGUACUCUGUCCUGAUGCUCUCUGUGUUUCUAUUCAUGCUCUCACAACUCUACGCUCCACUCUGCCCUGGGUGGGACCGGUAAAAUGUCAUCUCAUUUCCCUUUGCACUCCACACACACCAGCCCUUUUCAGUUUCAGUUUAGCGUCACUGCAGCGGGUGAAACACUACCUAUGUAAGAGCGCAGAUGGUGAUAGCGGUACGUGAUACACAGGCAGCAGUGACAUAGAAGAUCCUGGUACAGCCUAGAUCAACUAUGCAGCUCAAGUAUGCGAGGCCGGGCUCUAGCUGCUGUCAGGGAGUAAUUCCUGGACUAGAGAGCGGAGAAUCCCGGCUCUGGCAGGCUCAGGCAGAGUAGAAGGUUUGGACCGGGGCCAGGCCCAGGAUCCAUUCAUACACAUCUCCAAUUUCUCUGUAACGCCCCCCACAUCCUCCCACCUCUGUGACUUUUAUUCAUGAGCGCAUUCUUCACUUUUCUGUUAUCCCGUUAAAAGCCCCCGUCCUGCACCCCACAACGCCCUCUCUCUCUCACUCCACUGUCGUGUUUUCUCUUAUCUUCGCAUGUCUCGGUCUAACUUAAUCCUGUGUAAUGUAACGCCGCUAGAUUUAUGGUGUUAAGCCUUCGGAAGCUCGGCUCUGGUUUCUAUCAUGCUCUGCGAGGGAAAUGUUCCUGUUCUCAUGAUACGGGGGAGCUCAGGAAUCAAAGCUGCAAAAGAUGGCAGGAAAACAAAACUCUCUUUAUUACAGUCGGUUUUACAGCAGCUGGAAUGGAUGGAGGUUUGGCUGGAGUUUGGUAUUAUUGAGCAACGCUGUGAAAGUUGUUACGAAAUUACAUAAAAAACAUGUUUCUGAAAAAAAAAAAAAACUUUUGAUGAAGUUCAUUUAUAAAAGAAAAAAGUCUCAAUAAUAAAAAGCUUUGUGCACCACAUGACAAUAUAAUUAUAAAUGUCCCCAAAAUGAAUUAGGAGUAAAUUAUGAAGCAGCAAAUGAAUCAAACUGUUUUUCCUGUAAUUAUUUAGUAAUUUCCUUUUUUUCCUCAUCCUCUGUUGUGUUAGUUUUACACAAUAAUGAUAUUAUCUUGUCUCAUAUGAAAGAGCUGCAGAGCAACAAUAAAAAGGAUUAGGUUUUGUUGUGGAUCUGAAGGAGUAUUUGGAUUAAUUUUAGCCCGUCUUUGUAGUACUGGAGCCCUGGCUUUGGACUCGGCACUGAUGACUCAGACUGGGACCCGGACUUUGUCUGCAUUUGUACUCGGAGGAUGACAGGAGGACUCAGACUGACUUACUGAUAAAGACUGACUCAGUGUUUUUGUUAGUUUUUCAGUUGAGGGCUAGCUUCUGUGUUUGCCUGUUUUGGUCUGAAACAAGAUAAAGAAAGAGGCGCCACAAAUCACAAGUUUUUACAGUCGAUGAAAAAAACACUAUGAAUAAUGAGGACUGGACUCAGGGACCGGGACUCAACUCUGGAUUCUUCGUCACUGACUUAUCCUGUGUCCACACUUACGGUGACUCAAUGACAACACUGAUAUUAACGUUGACACGGAGGUGCCAUAAAGUUAAGGUCAGAGUCUAACAGGGGUGGGAGAAAAAAAUCAAUACAGCGUGGUAUUGCUAUCAUCUCAUUUAAAUCUAUGAUAAUGGAAAAAUAAAAUCAACUGAUUGUCCAGUGAGUUUGGCAGAGGUGACAUUAUAGAGAAGGUGAAAGUUAGUACGACCAAUAUAUUUAUAAGGUUAGCAAGAUGUGCUACAUGUGAAUAAAAUACAGUGUAAAUAAAAAAACAUAAAGGAAAGACAAAUGCUGAAUUAGCUAAACAAAUGUAUGGAAAAUGGUAUUGUAAUACUCACUGUAUUGCAAAAUGUUAGAAAUUGCAAUAACAUCGUAUUGUGGCACAAGUAUCGUGAUAAUAUCAUAUCGUGAUAAUAUCAUAUUGUGGCCCAAGUAUCGUGAUAAUAUCAUAUCGUGGCCCAAGUAUCGUGAUAAUAUCAUAUCGUGGCCCAAGUAUCGUGAUAAUAAUAUCGUGGCACAAGUAUCGUGAUAAUAUCAUAUCGUGGCCCAAGUAUUGUGAUAAUAUCAUAUCGUGAUAAUAUCAUAUUGUGGCCCAAGUAUCGUGAUAAUAUCAUAUCGUGGCCCAAGUAUCGUGAUAAUAUCAUAUCGUGGCCCAAGUAUCGUGAUAAUAUCAUAUCGUGGCCCAAGUAUCGUGAUAAUAUCAUAUCGUGGCCCAAGUAUCGGGAUAAUAUCAUAUCGUGGCACAAGUAUCGUGAUAAUAUCAUAUCGUGAUAAUAUCAUAUUGUGGCCCAAGUAUCGUGAUAAUAUUGUAUCGUGGCCCAAGUAUCGUGAUAAUAUUGUAUCGUGGCCCAAGUAUCGUGAUAAUAUCGUAUCGUGGCCCAAGUAUUGUGAUAAUAUCGUAUUUUGGGGCCCACUAGGUAUUCCCACCCCUUGAGUCUAACGGGAAGGAAGAGAUCUGGAUCAUCUAUGAGGCUGGAGAUACAGAUUAGUGCGAACAAAUCCAUCAUCAGAAAGGUCAGACCUCCAUGAUCAGCGAAUGUUGGCUAAAAACGGUCGCAGAAAUCCCCAUGUUUGCUGAUUUCACAAAGAUUUAUAUCCACAGACUGUGAGGAUUGUAUCUGUGAAAGUUGUCUACCCAGAGCCCGGGGUUUGGCAUCACAGUGAGGAGCUCCAAAGACUGAAAUUGUGGUCUGCCAAGUAGUCCCCAGAGCUGAAACAAAAACUGAUUUCUUAUCCCAGAGACUUAUCCUCCGUAAACUAACCUCUGAUCAAACCUGGUUUAAAAUCAGAAAAACAGCCUGAGGAGGGGAGGAAGACCACACAGGUUUACCUUUUACUCUCCCGCCCAUGAUAAACCUUUUAUCUCCUUUUACUUUGACUCACAGGCACAAAUGGCACAGACACCAAAAAGUCCAAAAACAUCCCCAUGUUAUUCAACAUCGCUGAGAUCCGGCAGAGCGUUGGGGACUACAACCUGCUGACCAGCGCAGAGCUCAGGAUGCGCAUCGAGAACACCAACAUCAAUGGCGAGCAGAGAGUGGAGCUCUACAAAGGUUUGGGAACCUCAGCUCGCUAUCUCUCUUCUCGCUUCAUCACCAACAAGUUGAAAGGCACGUGGGUGUCCUUCGACGUCACAGAGACUCUGCAGGAGUGGCUGAAAGGAAGCGGUAAGAUGACCAUAGAUGACGUUGACCAUCUCAAAUCAAACAGCAGACCCGUUUCAAUUCGCUAAAUGUCAAAAUUUUCUGUCUCAUCAUCAGACGACCAGCAGGGUUUCCAGCUUCGCCUGUUCUGUGAAUGCAGCCAGACUACCACCGACGUCAGAUUCAACUUCGACAUCUCUGGCAUAGCGACCGACAGGAGCGACUUAGCAACGUUAAAGAUGUUGACACAACAACCGCCGUACAUCCUGACCAUGUCCAUCCCUCAGAACACGAGCAGCCACCUCAGCACACGCAAAAAACGAUCCACGGAUACCAAGGACACCUGCACAGCGUAAGAAACUCAGUCUGUAAUCACAGUUCUAUUAUCGACAACAUCUUAACAGGUUUUAGAGUCAAUUUUAGGCUCUUGUUUUGAAAGGUGGAGGACAAACACUAUCGAGAAAAUCUCUGAAAACCCUUCUUGUGAAACUUGAGAAGUUGAUUCGAUGUUUUCUCACCAGCAGUCAGACAGAGACCUGCUGCGUGCGGAGCCUCUACAUUGACUUCAGGAAAGAUCUGGGCUGGAAGUGGAUCCACAAACCCACCGGCUAUCAUGCUAACUACUGUAUGGGAUCCUGCACCUACAUCUGGAGUGCUGAAAACAAAUACUCUCAGGUAUGAUAAAACACCUCAAACAGAGAAUAAUGUUGUCAAUUCUAACUCGGGGUGAAAGUUUUGAAUUUUAUUGACUCUAAAAACACAUUUAUAAAUGUUAGAGGGUCCCUGUGAAAGAUUAACAGGCUUUUAUCAAUAGUCAGAUUAACUAAUAUCAAAUAUUUCAGUGCAGAGAAAAACUGCUUUUGGACUCGUGAGUAAAACAUGAAAAAACAGCAGAUAAACAAAAAUUACUAAUUAUAAUUUCACUUUUCAGUAUUAGUCUAUGUAUCACACCUAACCUUGAUAAUGUUAAAAAUCAUAUCCUACAUAUCACUACUUUCACCCAGACUUAUCUUUCUUUACAGUCAACAGGCUGUGUCUGAUAACCGAUGCCAAUUGGUCCAAAUGGUCAUUAUUCCUGAAUAUCAAAGGAGCAAUGAAGUAUCUAGAGUUCUAUUUCUAUGAUUUCAUCUGACAAAAAUGUCAAUUUCUGAUAGAAUCAAUAUGACCCUCGAUUAUUGAGAGAGCACUGAACACUUGAUUGGGGGUUAGUGUUUGAAAGACAAGAGGAACUGGCACAGAAAUUAGCAAGGGGUGUCAAAAGAGUGAAAGAGACAUCAACUAAAUUGAAGAAAACUAACAACAAAUUAUGACAUUAAAUGUUAUAGAGCUGAUUGAAUAAGAAGAAAACACAGCUGCUGUUAUUUUCUACAUUGUUCUUUAUUUUAACUUGAUUAUUAUUAGGCUUUUUUAAUUUAGAGGGUAGGACAGUGGACAGAGCAGUAGACAGUGGUCAAUGACUCGUAGUAAAGUGCUUCAGGUCACUUUCAAGAGCCCCUAGGUGCACUUAACCACAAGUCCAACCCAGUUCCCUGAUCAUCAAGUUAUUCUGCGGUCCAGUUGUACUCAGAAGUUGGAAUUUCCGAGCUCAGAGUCAGAAAUUCAUCUGGUACGCCCCCCUGAAGUCAGAUUUCCGACUCGGAAAGUCGUAAGAUCUUUGUCAACCCAACUUGACGACAACCUCAUAAUUCAAGAUGGCGGCGCAGUGCAUCUACAGUAAAGAGUAACAGUGAAAGCUCUUGUAAUGUAUUAUUUAUCACCACUUCUGUUUUUGUGAAAUGAAAGAAGUGGUUUAUGUUGUACUGCCCAACGUCUAACUGUGAACACGGUGCUAUGGUGUUUACAACUGGUAUAGCUAACAACAACUAAAAACAGCUGACAAUGUUUAACAACAGCUGAUAACAGCCAACCACAGCUGACAAUUAUAAACAAAACCUAACAAUGGGUAACUGUAGGCUUCCAUCCUGGUUUUUUGACUUGUUUACUGGAACGCUGUCAACUCAGGUGUAACGUCAUUCCCAGCUCUGACAUCCGACUUCUGAGGUAACAGGAUCGCAGCAAUAGAACCUGACCAAACUUGAACACAGGGACACACUGAGACCAUGAGGAGGGUUCGAGAGGCUUCACUUUGUGUUAACUAGAUUUUAAUAACAGCACUUUGGUUACAUAACUGCGUUGGCCCCUGGGUUCUUGAAUUGCUUUGGCUCAUGUCAUGUUGGAAAUAAAGUUUGGAGCGGUUCUCUUUUCUCAAGCUUCGCCUCGUAUAAUUGUUUACAGAUUUUGGCCUUGUACAAGCAUCACAACCCGGGAGCCUCCGCUCAGCCCUGCUGUGUCCCUCAGGCCCUGGAGCCUCUGCCAAUCCUUUACUACGUGGGCCGGCAACACAAGGUAUGGAUACGGCGGCCAAGUGAGGUGGAAUGUUUGCUUUGAGAGCAACACUCUCAGGUUGUUGACCCUGUUUCUGUUGACUUUCUCUUUCAGGUGGAGCAGCUGUCCAACAUGAUCGUCAAGUCCUGCAAGUGUAGCUAAAAAUCCAACAUGGCGUCUGCUCAAAAAUGCACCGAGAUGGACGAGUUAUGUUUGGGACCGCAGAGAGAUAACGAGGACAACAAUCAUGUGGAGAGGGGAAAUAUGUAAAGUCAGCAGGAACUUUGGGCUCGACGUUUCCUCUUCCAUUAUCGUGUUGAACGCACAUCGAACCAUGAACUUCUUUGAAUAGAUAAUGUAGAUCAUAUUUUGUACAUAUUUUUCAUAAGGUAGUAAAAAUAUCUGUCUUGAAAUGAAUUAACUUAUUUGUUGGAGGGACAGAUUUGUAAUUAACAUGUUUGAAAGUUUGACGUGUAAAAAGCAGAGAUACGCCAAAGGACUCAAGGACCAAAACGACCUGAAUGGAUGAAGACUGUCAAGGGCAUUGUUUUGUUUUCCCAUCAUCAUCAUCAUCAUCGUCUUCCUGGAAAGGUCAUAGUUACAGGUGCUAAGUGGUUGUUGGGGUUUUCCUGGAGAUAAUGCUCAGGUGUUUUUGGAGAGAGUAACACCUGAGAGUAAAGGACAGGAGGAGACCGCAGGGACAGUCCGACCUGCGGAAACUCCCUCAGACUGAGAGGCCGGCGUUUUCUGCCACAUUUCACGGGAACCGUCCAUCUGUUUGUUUUUCAGCCCACAUGAUUUAUACAACACUUUAUUGUUGCUUUGUUUGUGUUAAUAACUGAAUGUCAGCUUGUCCUCAUGAAACCGCCUGUGCUGCCAAAGCUGUGAGUAAUAUCUGCGUUUGUGAGAGUGAUGACACCAUGUUUUUCUCAGACUGUGGAUUUACAGCCAGCCUGUCGUCUCUAGGUAGCGUGGGUCAGGGUAUGUGGCGGUUGUUGUUGUGGUGACGGUUUAAAAGGAAGCCACUCAGACUCAUCAUUACACACAUUUGAUGUUGUUUUUUUUCUGUUCCUCUUUUGUUGCCGUAGAAAAUUAGGAGCAGUUUUGUUUCUACUUUUUUCAUCUGAAGUGUGACGCUUUUUGCACGACUCGAAACAUGAAUUCAGCUUCUGUUGUUUGUUUUAGGAGCAAAACCGUACACUUUUGACAGUCCAGCAUAUUUCUCAUAGUGCACUUACAUUUUUUUUAAUUUAGCUUUUGUAAAUAUUUAAAAUUUUGAAAUAAACAUCUAUGUUAAAUUAUGGCA